AUGGACGAGAGCCCAGUCUCUCUACCGCUACUUAUUCUUCAGUCAUUGAAAGAAACUGGAUCAGGAAUAUCACCAUUAUCUGUCUUAUUACUCAUAGCUUUGGUCUGUGUCUUAACUCGAGUCGUCACCGGCGUAGGGGGUCGCUCUGAAGCGACGUUUCCUGAUGGGUCGAUAUCGCCAACACGAGUACCAUAUUGGUUCCCAUACAUCGGGCAUGGCGUGCUCCUUGGAUUCCGACGACGGAUUCUAUUCGAGAAGCUGAGGACGGGGAGGCACAAUGCUCUCCCGGCGCUUUAUGUUCAGGGGAAAGAUCACUAUGUAUUACUCACCGCAUCUUUAGCAAAUUCCCUACUGGAGAAAGCAUCAUCCUCAUCUAAUGAAGGCCCUGCUCAUUACAUUCUUGAAAAUGUUUUUGGUGCGCCAAGAAAUCCCAGGUUUUUCAAGAGGACUGAUCUUUACUCUUCGUCUGGGCCAAUGCAGUUUCUCAACGAAGACCCUUGGCUAACAGAUAUCGCAUCCACGGUUGCACGUGAAAUCAAACAAGCUAUGCCAAAUCUACUAUCAUUUUCUCAGAGUGUUGUUGACCAAUCAACCUGGGAGAGGCUUAGCGGAGUAUCCAUUGUCGAUGCUGAUAGUGGGCCUAUCUGUGAAACUGACUUAUUUGCUCUUGUGCGGAAUUUUAUUGGGGUAAUAUCCACCACCGCCAUUAUGGGCAAGUCGUUUACUGAAGCUUUCCCCUACUCUCUAAAUGACCUUUGGGAAUUCGACAAGAAUUUCAACGCCAUGUUGCUGGGCGUCCCACGCUGGGUCCCCUUUCCUGGACUUGUGACUUCAUAUGCUGCCCGCCGCCGUUUACUACUUGCUUUAAAAGCAUUUCAUAAUGCUCUUGCUGCCACAGAAAUUGGUGUGGAUCCCGGGUUCGACUGGCAGGAUAUGGAUGAUGUCUCCGAAGUAAUAAAAAGUCGUUCUCGAUCAAUGGUUGACGCAGGAUACACGGCAGAGCAAGCAGCCGCUGAACACUUAUUUUUUCUUUGGACACUGAAUCUGACCACGAAUACAAUUGUAUUUUGGAACCUUGUUCACAUUUUAUCCGAUAAGGAGCUGCAUGGUAGAAUUUUAGAGGAGACUAGGCUAUGCGCACAAGCAUCGCGCCCAAACUGGCAGGAAUCCGGUUUCAACAUCCCUGAACCACCCCGCUUAUCUUUAGACCCAGACAAAAUCGCAUCUGCUUGCCCUCUAUUAAAGGCCACCUACAUGGAGACUCUUCGUGUCUAUUCCACACCAAUAAGUUACCGAAGAUUGAACAAUGAUAUUAUUCUUGAGGAAUCAAGCUCCGCUGCUACGAAUCGAAAUUCAAUUGCGUAUCGAUGUGAAGCAGGAAGCUAUGUCGCUAUUCCGCACUUCAUUCACAAUACCGACCCUGAGCAUUUUCCAGAACCACGCAAAUUUGACCCGCAGAGAUUUUUGGCGCAACUGUUGGAAGAUGGGCUCGAUUCUCAAACCGAGGUUGUAUCCGUCGAAAAUGAAAGCUUACUAUCGAGUGAGCUGGUCUCGAAGGGAAUUGACGAUAUAUGGCCGGAUGGAAUUAACGACAUGUUUAGCUACAGCCGCUCUUUUGCAGAACGGCAAGCCCUACUCUUUACUGCUUCCUUUUUGGCCAUGUGGGACAUCCAGCGUGCCGAUGGCAAGGCAUGGGAGGUAUUACCUAGCAGAAAUGGGAGCGCAACUUGCGUGCCUAAAAGGGAUAUUAGAGUAAAAAUGAAGUUGAAAAUCUAA